UGAACAGACGCACCCACACGGACAUACCCCGUGGAUCUGAGACCUCAAUAGCUUCACUGUAUCCAUUAGCAGAAGUUAGUUUAUCUGCCUGACAUCAUUCCGCGACAGCCAAUUCACAAGCAAUCGUUGCCAGAAAUCCGAACUCGCCUCUCAUCAUGUCUCGCGCAGGAACGUGGAUGAAGAUGCUGGGCUGCGGCAUUGUCAUUUGUGUCGGUGGCCCAGCGUUCGUCCAAUACAUCCGUCCCACCGACGAGGAACUGUUCAAGCGAUACAACCCCGAUCUUCAAAAACGGAGUCUAGAGGAGGGCGAUCGCCGAGCUCGGGACUUUGACGAAUAUGUCGGCAAGCUGAAACAAUGGUCCAAGUCUGACAAGCAUAUCUGGUUCGCAGCCCAGGAACAACAGGAGCAGAAGCGCUUGGAGGUCGAGGCAACCCGGAAUCAGGCCAAGGAAGAUGCCAAGGUACAACGCGAGGAGAUGAGGAAGGAGUUGCUGGGCGAGAAAUGAGUUGUCGCAUUACGUCGGCCACGAGGGUAUCGGUUCUCAUUGGACCAAAUGCGCCGAUGCUAUCUUCCUAUCCUUCGAUGCCUCCUUGAUCGAUAAGAGGAUGUAUGUGGACUAUCGAUCUCUGCGUCAUCCCUGUAUUUAUACCCAUUGCCUCUACUGGGGACAUGUCCAAAAGCGUUGUGUGGAAAGCAUUUGGCUCGCAAUUAUGUGGAGUUUCGGGGGAUAAGGUCUAUCCUGUAUUAUAUAUCAACGACUGAAUGGAAAUCUUCGCUUACAUUCUACGAUAGUACAGUGGCAUGGAACCCGUGUUCAUUAUAGGACGCCCAUCUAGAGGCUGGUAAAUCACUGGGUGGCGAGGGGGGUGUGAAAAUGCGUCAAGAGACAUACGAACUGGUCAAUCGAAAUGGAAUGUUCACGCGACUGGUAUCUGCCUAUUAAGCUG